AUGCCUUUCCAUCAUAAGAUUAUUCCUCAUCAUUCAGAUGCUGAGGGCAAGUUGAGUCCGAAGUGGUUCAAAUCGCCCAAGUCGCCCAAGCCACAGAAGUCGCCAAUUUCACCCAAGUCUCCCAAGUCCUCUAGACUCCUAACAGACACAGAGAAGAACUUCGACUUUAUUGAGCAGUGUGUGGGCUGCAACAAGGUCGAAAGCCUGAUAAAAUGGAACACUGAAAAGCGGAAGAACGGAGAGGAAAGAGCGACAUCGACUCUUUUGCAUAACAGCUUCAGUGAGCUGGAUUCUUGCUCCAAAACAUGCAAGAUCUGCCGCGUGUUUCGACAAUCGCUGCUUUUGGAAGAAGUCACUUUUGACGGAGUGAAAGAUAUUGAGGAGUCUAAAGGCAAAGUGACGGUACACUGGAAAGAGAUGACCAACGAAGAUGGCAGGCCUGGUGUUUUCCUCACAGUGGGGGUCGAAGACAUACCCAGGCUCACUGGAGUGGUUAACUGCAGCUCUCGGAAUGAGAUGGCUCACCUUGCACUUAAUCCCAACGGCCGCGGCAUCCCUGUGUUCGAGCAGGCAAAAGAAUGGCUGCAUGACUGUCGCAACAACCACAUCGGCGUUUGCGAUAAUUUGAAGUUCAAUAGCGAGAACCCUCGACUCCUCAUCGAGAUCUUGUCGUCGGAAUCCAUACAGCUAUGCAGCAAACAAUACGGACCAUGCGAAUAUGUCGCACUGAGUUAUUGCUGGGGUGACCCGAAGAACGGAGGGAGUACUACCAACGCGAACUUUCCUGAACGUCUUCGUCCAUUUGGCAUCAAAACCCUCCCCGCCACUGUGCGCGACGCGCUUUACAUCGUUCAUGCAAUGAACGUUCGAUACGCUUGGAUCGAUGCCCUUUGUAUCAAUCAAGACACAAAAGAGGGUCUGGGUGAGAUGCACAAAGUUUACUCUAAUGCGCUCUUCACGCUGUGUGCUUGCGCCACAACAAAAUCGAACGCUGAACUGCUCGGCGAGCGUAAGGCGUGGACGGAAAAGACGGAAUCAUGCCGCCUUGGUGGACAAUGGCUGACGACACCGGACAUGUCUUUGAAUCAGCUACGCAUGAAAUCGCCACUCGCGGGAAGGGCUUGGACGCUCCAAGAAGAAAGGCUGAGUCCUCGCAUGCUUUAUGUCUCCAGCAGCAGAGUCCAUUGGUCUUGUGCCAUGGGCAAUAAGAUGGAGCUGAAGCCCGUAUAUGAAGAAAAGUCUCACAAGCUUCAAAGACCAUGGUAUGCAUUAUCGGACCGCGAUAAUGAAGUGCCCGCUUCUCAAGAAUUCUUGUUGGCAUGCCAUCGCGGCGAAGGCAAUCUCUACCCAUUCUGGGCGGACAUUGUGAAGUCAUAUGCGCUACGAGAUAUGUCUAAUUUGGAAGAUCGACUGGGGGCCUUGUCUGGUUUGGCUGCAAGGUACUUGAGCGCCAACCCUCUUGAUGAGUACCUGGCCGGUAUCUGGGAAAAGAAUUUACCAGAAGGACUCGCAUGGAAAGUAGAGCGGGUGGCCGAGGCUAAGGACGAGAAACCGGACCCAAAGACACCCGUAUGGCCAUCGUGGUCAUGGGCUGUGCUCCCAGUGCGGACUGCAAUUGAAACGAAUGUCAGGAGUCCACGAUCGGCGUUUUUUCAACACAUCCCCGAUGUCGACUUGAAAAAUCCGGACUUCCAUGUUGACGAGGCAAUGGCUAUCACACAUGGGGAAAAAAUCAAGGAGAUUUGUGUGACUGGUCGCACACGCCCGCUAUGGAAGCCAACAUCGUGUCGCGUUGAUUGGUCGAGUAUCAGCAGGCUCGUAGGAAAAGAGGAGAGGUUCACCUUUGCGGCCAAGCCCGAGCAGAACAUCCAUGCGAUACAGUCUCCAGCUGGUCGUGUUCUAGUUUACGAGGACCGGAAAAGGGAGGUUGUCUGUCAGCUAGAUUUCCGGCAUGACGUCAUCAAGUUGCAAUCGGGUCAGGUAAAACUUUUAGCUCUUGAGUUAGGAGAGACAACGAUGCUGUUACUGGAAGAUUGCGGAGAUGGAACCCACCGGCGUGUCGGUGCUGCUUGGAACGUCCGUAAAGACUUCUUUGCAUUGGUAAACGAUUCCGAAGUAUUAGUCUUGCGGUGA